AUGGCUGCGCGGGUAUGCACGUGGGAGCUCCCCGACGAGAAUGUGGUGAUCGUCGACGACAUUGCAGCACUGAAGAAAGCGGUGCAUGACGAGAUGGAGCGCAUUGGCUGCGGAUUGCAUCAGUAUCGCGUUGUAGCCAUUUUAGGGUGUGGCAAUGUGGCCGAUGCAGUUGAGAUUCUGGCAAUUGGCUACAUUUUGAUGGUCUACGAAGAGGCAGAAGGGGCACUGACCCCUUGGGAGUCCAGUCUCCUCACCGCUGCAGUGUUUGCCGGAAUGGUUGGCGGAGGGUUACUAGGCGGAGUCGCUGGCGAUCUAUACGGUCGCAAACCGGUGCUGCUAACCACUUUAGCUAUCAAUGCCGUCGCAGCUUUCCUGUCGGCGCUCUCGACCAGCGUCUAUUGGCUCAUCUUGUUUCGAGCUUUGGCUGGCAUCGGUGUGGGUGGGGUCGUGGCUUCACUCUUUGCACUGUGUCUGGAGCAUGCACCAGUAUCAGCGCGAGGACGCUCCAUCACAGCUUUGUGCUCGUUCUGGAUGGUGGGGGCUGUGCUGACAGCAGGCACAGCUUGGGUCAUGCUGGGAACGUAUGCUGAUGGCGAACGGAUUGUGCCUCUUUCGUGGCGCUGGUUUGCCGCGGUAGUUGGACUGCCAUCGCUGAUAUGCUUUGUGUUGACGUACCGGUACAUUCCGGAGAGUCCGCACUUCUUGGCGAGUAAAGGCGAUGCACAGGGAGCAACGUCUGUGUUGCAGUACAUCCACGGAGUUAACAAAAGCAGACGGCAUAUCCAAAUUGAGUUUGCAAGUAGUGAGGCCAUCCGUGGCGGCGAGACUAACCAGAUGGCACAGAAGACGGAAGGUGGCUUUCACAUGUCGGCAGAGGAGGCCAUAGAAGCGGCUGAUAUCACGAGUUCGCGUCAUGUUGCUUGCACUCGGGACGGUCUCCGCGUUGUAGCGCGUCUGCUUGAGCCGUCGAAUGUGGGACCUACACUGCUAUUGAUGUUGUGUGGGUUCUCCCUGAGCUUUGGAUCGUAUGGCAUGUCAACCUGGAUUGCAAAGAUGCUCAAAAGCGCUGGUUUUGCCAACCCGUUCCAGAAUGCGUUUUUGUUCGCCGGGGCCAACUUUCCGGGCAAUGUGUUCAGUCUGUACCUGAUCGAUGUUAUUGGUCACCAGCGCCUGCUAUCUGGUGCGCUCUUCACGUCCGGCUUCUGUGCCCUGUUGUUUGCCUUCAAUGUGGAAGGAUCCAAGACUGUCAUCGUGCUCGUCUCGUGUCUUUUUAACGCAUGUACUACUGCAGCGUGGAAUGGGUUUAGCGUUUUGUCGGCGGAAAACUUUCCGCAGGAGCUUCGUACGACUGGCAUCUCCAUGGUGAAUUGCUCCAACCGUAUUGCUGCUAUCGCAGCUCAGUUCGUCAAUGGUUAUCUGAUGGGUCCUCCGCCUCACCUCGCAGCGCUGUUGCUGGUCACAACCGUGGUAAUGACGACUGGUGGCUUUGCCUCGCGCUGGAUUCCGCAUGGUGGAGACGACGACAUCGAUGCGAUCGGCAAGAGUGGCUGCAACAGGCACUUGUACGUAACCGCAGAAGCCACGCGGCGGUCGCAGGGUAGAAACGAUGGAGAGCAUGCAGUUCUGAUACAACGUGAUGUCCCUCUCCGCGGCAAGCAAUGUUCACCCUAG